ACUUAUGACUUAAAAUCAGAUAACCAAACUCAAUGUCACCCAAACCCUGACAUUACCUAACCGCUGCCCGACGACCUCCACCACGGCCACUUCAGUCGUUAAUUAACACCAGUCGAGCAGCGGAGCUGAGCCACCAAAACACGCUAACCAGCCCAUCCGGGUCACAGCCCAGUCUCCACGGGCACCUCCAUCCACCAUCACGCCAAGUCGUCAGUCUUGCUAAACUCACUUGCUGUGGUCCUCCGUGAGCAGCACCGUACAUUUGUUUCUCCGUUCCUCUUUUCUUCUCUUGAGUUUGCAGGAACAUUCAACACUCGUCAAUUGACGAAUUUGAAGUAGCAUACGCGAAAGCAUAGAUAUGAACCUUUCAACCAAGAUCACGGAGAGGAUACCCUUUCUUGAAGUUCUUUGUAAUCCUGUUCUCUCUUGUAGAGGAGCUUCCAGACUAGGAUAUGUGCAUUUGAAGCAGCCUAGGAGUUUUACUGGGGUUCGUGCAAAAUCUAUUCCGAGUUUAGAUGGUUGUGAUGGCUCUUUGAAGAAUGAAGCAGGUAUUGUCCUCCCUGCAACUAAAGAUUUUGUAGAGGAGGCAAUACAAUCAAUAAAAUUGGGAAAAGUCAUUGCUGUUCCAACUGAUACAUUGUAUGGUUUUGCUUGUGAUGCAUGUUCUAGAGAAGCUGUCAACAGAAUUUAUGAGAUCAAAGGGCGCAAGCUUACAAGUCCUCUUGCAAUUUGCGUUGGAGAUGUGCCAGACAUACGUCGCUUUGCAUUUACAGAUCAUUUGCCAGAAACUUUGCUGGACGAUCUCCUUCCUGGUCCUGUGACUUUAGUGUUGAGGCGAGGAGAGUCGAGCAUUCUGGAGAAAUCUUUGAAUCCAGGAUUGGACAGUAUUGGUGUUCGAGUGCCUGAUAACGACUUCAUAAGAAUUAUUGCUCGAGGUGCUGAAAGUGCAUUAGCUCUUACUAGUGCAAACUUGAGUGGGCAUCGUAGCAGUGUCUGCAUACAAGAUUUCGAUAAUUUGUGGGGCCACUGUGCAUAUGUCUUUGAUGGUGGUGAACUUCCGAUGGGUCGUGCAGGAUCUACUAUUGUGGAUUUGACAAAUCCUGGAAAGUAUAAAAUUAUAAGGCCUGGAAGUGCACAGGAAGAAACUAUCAAGAUCUUACAACGACAUUUUCUUGUAGAAGAGCUUACUGAUAAUUCAUGAUUUAUCAACCAAGUUGGUAGUUUGUCAAGUAUAGAGAACCUCGAUCGUAUACUAAGUCGAGGCUUCUAAUCUGUUGUGCUAAGUUUUGUUUACUUUUGCGUGAUUGUAAAGCUUUGUUGUAAUCAUAUUCGACAUAUCCAGACUUGAGAUUACUACUAGCUAGAAUUGGAUAGUAGUUUAAUGAAAUGACCUAUUUUUGCAAA